CUGUAUUCGCUGCGAAGUUUUGUACUCGGUUUCGCGGAAUAUACGUGGUGCGAUUCGAGCAAUCAACACGCGAUCUCUCCAGUUGCAGCCCUGUUUUCGGAUAAGGUUCGUAGCGUCGCCACCAGAGCGCGGCAUCGGCAACUCAAUAAAAUCCAAAGAGCGCCGGACGGGCGGUGUUCCGCGAAGCGUGAUGAGUUUGACAGCUCCCGCGUACUGAACGUCGUUCAAAAGUGAAAAAUAAAUCAAUCAAAAGAUGCGACCGAAAAGAGGUCCUUAACACGUUUCCGUAUGCAUCCACGCAAGACCGUCUAAUAUGGCAGAAUGGUUCGGCAUAGAAUUAUCACGCUGAUACUCUUUCUGGCAGCAUGGCAGGAAGCAGUGACUUUGGUGCCAGUACGUUCUGUUGCUAUAGACAUUGGUCAGAACUUGACUUUACCAUGUGCAGAAGAAGAUGCACUACCACACUCAGGAGAAUCUGUUGGAAUGAUGUGGAUAAGGGAGGGACGCGAAGAUGGACAAAUUGAACGACUAAAGGUUGAGCCUAAUGGAGCUUUGGAACUUAUCAAUGUUAGUACAGAUGAUGCUGGGAACUACUCAUGCACUUUGGAUGAUGAUCAUGAUGCUGUCAAGACUAGAAUAAACGUACAAGUUAGAACUCCUCCUCCAGCCUUACACAAUGUAUGGGUAAAACCAUCUACAAUAUUGGCAAAUAUUCUUUGGGAAGUAGCUGGCACAGGUGGUUAUCCUAUCAUAGAUUUCACUGCCGAAUAUCGUCUUAAACCGAAUGUGGGUGAAGAACCAGAAGACUGGAAGCCUAUUGUUCCGACGCACAUUCCUCCAAAUUCUAGGCAAAUUGAUGUGUAUCACUUGGUGCCAAACACAACGUAUUCUUUCCGCGUGUGGGCAACAAAUCAGCUAGGAAGAGGGGAAGUUGUUGAAGUUGAAGGUCAUACUCAUCACAGUAUCGAAGAACUAGAACUUGCCAGACAUUUCUUAACAGGUGUAGAAAAUUUUGACACUCGUGUCUGGGUGGCAGCGGUAGGCAUAGUUAUGGGUACACUUAUGAUUCUUGGUAUAGGUACUUGUUACCUCCUCUAUCGUGAGUGCAAAGUACCCUCGCAGCUGGAGGAGCAGGAAGUGAUUGAACUUGUUCCCAACAUCAUUCUGAAUCCAGGAUUUUUCGACGAAAGAACAGAACACAUUCCACAAGACGAAAAUUUCAACAACCAAACAACCACACGUUUGAACAAUAACAGCGUCGUACAACCUAGGCGACUUUAGCGAUUAAAUACUUAGGUUUUUGUGGCUUUUUUUAUUAACAAGUGGCUUGAGCACAAUUUAUGUGUCACCUUAAACGUAAGUAACUGGGAUUACAAAAGGCCUCGAAUCCGUGAAGCGUUGCAAUACUUAGAGUCAGGUAAGCGAUAAAAGUAACGGCGGUCAUCGUGGAAAUUAAGCCUGUUUAUAUUUAUAACCAGGAAACUGAGGAACUGACAUCGUUCAUUCUGAGUGUUCUAAGGAAGCAAAUUUUUCACUUACAAUACAAUGUUAAGUGUUCAAAGCAUAUGUAAGACUCUGCUAAGUUUUGUGAAACGGAGUAGCAUAUUUUUGAGAAAGUUUACCAGGAUGUUCUACCACUAUAAUUCGAUAUGCCAUUGCUCAUUAAUCGAGCUUAAAAUAAAGAACUCCUGUAAGCCGAAAAAUAUUCUUGGUAAGACUGUAAUUCUAAGAACGAAAACCGACAUUUUUGGGAAACUGAACUCACAUGACAUUAAUAGUGGCAAAACUUCCAUCUUACAUUCGGCACGAAUGUAACGUGUUUUGUACACAAUUAUUUUUAAUCGUUACUAUGAAGCAUAAACGAAAUUUUAAUGGACAAUAUCAUACAAGGAGUAAGAUUUUGUCAGCAAUACAGAUCAUCCAAUGAGAGAUUUCGUUAGACAUGAGGUACGAUAAAGGCUUGCUUACUGCCGUUUUAAGGUGUGCAGAAGUCGUUGGUAAAAAAGUUCCUUUUUUGUGUCUUUACAAAGGUUAUUGUUUUUUUAUUUAUUAUUAUAAGAAUGCGCUUGUUUUUAGAGAAUAUUUUGGUAUAUUUUUCCCAAAGAACUUAACGUUACGAAACAUUAUGCACCGUAUGUUCUUUCUGGUAAAAUCCUGCGAAUCAGAGAGUGUACAAUGUACAGACCAUAGUACUCUAAUUGUAAAGAUAAUUCUACUAUGUUAACGUUAUUUAUAGCGACAUUAUAUUCCCUAUACUUUUAACUUUGCAUGUGAUCAUACAAAUAAUGUUUAAUGCUUCAACAUGCUUUUGCACUACUUUAAUAACAAAUGCAAUACUGCUACUGAAUUAUAAUAAGCUGAAAAAUCAAAUUUCAUCAAAAACGAAAUCUUACAAAAUACAAAAUAGCACAAUUGCAUAAACGAUAAGUUUCAGUACAUGAAGUUGUAGGAAAACAAAAAAUCCAUUAGUCUCCGUGAUAUUCAGCAAAUAAUCAUUACUCGUGGACACUACGCAGUUCGGUUAGGAUCACUUCAUUCAAGUUAGCAGUAAAUAUAGAGCAAAAGUAGAAUAAGUUAAAAUAUUUUGGAUAUCAUCUUUGAUAGAAUCAUGUUUGAUAAUCAAUCAUUAAAACAGGUCUUUUCCAAGUAUUCAUUUGUAAUGAAACAUAUUA